UCUCCCUCAAUAAAUAAAUAAAAAAAACAUUUUACCUGAAAAACAAACACUUAUAAUCAUACGUUCCUGGUGAUUCAACGAAAUCUAUAAUCUUGAACGACAAGGGAAACCCUUCACGUGCAGUCUUGUCUUAACACUCCGACAUGUUCUUCAGGUUGGAAAUGAAUACUUGAUUAGUAAAGGGGAUCCAGGCUACCUCAUCUGUAAAAGUACUGUAUCGGAAUCGCGAGUGAGAACAAUAUACAAUGCAAUGGAAGAAACACAAGGGCAGUAUUAUGUUUCCAGUCUACAUGAGUCUGAUUUUAACAGGCAAGCGAAUCGCAGGGCUGGUAUAAAAGGCCUGAAGCAGAGAGGUCAUGGAAGUCGGUCUUGGAUAAAAAUUGAUCAGGAUGGGAAUUCCGAGAUUGUGACACUUGACAAGGCUACGAUUAUGAGACAUUGUUCUUUGCCUUCUAGAGAUCUUCGACUAUUGGAUCCGAAAUUCAUUUAUCCUUCUUCUAUAUUAGGAAGGGAGAUGGCUAUUGUUGUCAACCUUGAGCAAAUCCGGUGUAUAAUCACCGCCGAUGAAGUCAUCCUCAUGAAUUCACUCGAUGGUACUGUUGGUCGGUACAGGACAAUAUUAUGCAAUCGGCUCCAGAGAGAAAAAUCUGAUGAUCUUCCCUUUGAAUUUAGGGCACUGGAGUUAGCUCUGGAAUUGACAUGCACAUCUUUAGAUGCUCAGGUAAAUGAACUGGAGAUGGAAAUAUAUCCCGUGCUGGAUGAACUGGCCUCAUCUAUCAGUACUCUCCUUCUGGAACGUGUUCGAAGAUUUAAAGGUCAUCUCCUUGCUCUGACUCAGCGAGUUCAAAAGGUCCGUGAUGAAAUAGAACAUCUCAUGGAUGACGAUGGUGACAUGGCUGAGAUGUGUCUGACUGAGAAAAGGAGAAGAUUAGAUGCUUCUCCUUCAAAUGAUUGUUUUCAAAUUCGUUCACCAUCAGGUAGAGUGAUUUCAAAAUCAGCCCCUACUUCACCAGAGCGGUCACUUAGUGGGCUUCAGAUGUUGCCAAGGACUUUCAGCGGUAUUGGAAAUUCAAGUAAAUAUGGUAGUUCAACGGGUUCAUCUGAUAACACAGAAAGGAUUCAGCCGCUGGAAAUGUUGCUGGAAGCGUACUUUAUCGUCAUUGAUAAUACUCUCAACACAUUAUCGUCGCUCAAAGAAUACAUUGACGACACAGAAGAUUUUCUCAACAUAAAAUUGGGAAAUAUUCAAAACCUCCUGAUAAAGUUUGAGAUGCUUCUUACAGCAGCCACAUUGGUGGCCGCAAUAUUUGCCGCCGUGGCAGGAGUAUUUGGAAUGAACUUUGAAACCUCAGUUUUUGACUACUCUUCUGGAUUCAAUUUGGUUUUGGUAGUUACUGGAAUUGGUUGUGUAGCAUUGUAUUUCGCCUUACUAUUCUAUUUUAGAUACAAAAAAGUGCUUCCAGAAUGAAAACUCAACAGCAUUAAAUUGAUUGUGCAUUUUAUCAAAGAUAACAGGACUGGCGGUUGUAUAUUAUUUACAUAUAUAUUUACAUUUUUAUCUGUUUAUGGAAGAUUUAUCCAAGUGCUGUUUUCACACGGCUAGGUGAAUUAAA